AAUGAAAUCACGGAACAAUUCGAAGUUGAACCAACAGGUGUUGAUGGUGGUGACCAAUUUGAUGAAUGGAUACUUUCAACUGGCAAGAACAUCUGUCCGGUCAGGACACUGACUGAAGUCAAGGAAUUCUUUACAGAUGAGGAAUGGUGUGAGAUGAUAUCCGGUUUCAGUAAAACAGUAACAUUCCAUGACAUUAACGAGCAGGAGGAAAAGCUACUGUACAAUCUGCUUGAUAACAUUGAAAAGAAGCCAAACGAUUUGGUUACUGAAAUUGAAAAAUGCAUAAUCGAGGGUUUUCCAAAGACUAAUGUUAUACGACGACUUAUCCAAACAUAUGUGUAUAACCUGGAGAGACUGGCAGCACAACCUCGGAGGCUGUCUUCUGCAGCGAUUCAUGAACAUGAUGACAAAAGGUAUUCUGACUUAUCAGCAAAAGCUGAGGAAGAACCAACUGAUAAGUCUCUCAUCGGUCAAAAGUGUGACUUCAGAGUUACGCUGAUGGGUUUGAAACCAUUGUUGGACAGAUCAGGAGGUUUGCCCGAGGCGUGCAAAGCAAAGAAAUGGGAUGAUAAGGUUGACCUAAUGGUCGCUAUGCGCGAUGUUAUGUUGAAAGAAGCGAUUGAAUGCAAUGGUGUCAAUUGUCAAGAUUUUAAGAGAAUCUAUACAUUAGGAGUUCAUUCGUAUGGCUUUUAUUACAAUGUCUAUGCAAUGGAUUGGAGGGCCAAAGGUUUGUGGCGAUUAGGCCUACUGAAAAAAAUCAAGCUGCCACAGUCAAACGGACAGCUACUCAUGAUUGAGAAACUUGUGACGACAUUAUUGCGAAUCGAGUAUCCGGAACGAUUUGGUAUGCAAUUUGUGAAGAAGGGCGUAUACGACGAAUUCGUGUUAUAUUGA